UCAAAAUGAGACCACACUAAUGCUGAAUACAGCAGAAUCGCCUCUUUUGACCGGAUUCUGUCCGGAAGCAUAGGAAAGAGGCAGUUGCAAUACAUAAAAUCUGGAAAUGGAGAAAUGAGACUUCAGUGGGGCUCACUCAGCACCUCUGGAAAGUAUACGAUCUAGUUUUCUCUCCUUCCACUCGCUGCCCUGGAUCCUCCAUCAGCUAAAAUGUCCUAUUUUGUGCUGUUCCACUGGAUAAUGAUACAGAGCUUUAUAGCACACACCACAUCCGAAAGUGUCAUUACAGGAGUAAUAGGGCAACCUGUUAAGUUGCCUUGCUUCUACCAGGUCACACGACAUAAGGACAUCUCCGACAUGUGCUGGGGCAGAGGUCCAUGCCCGAAUUCAAAGUGCAAUAACAAAGUUUUGCACACCACUAGAAAUAGGGUGACUUUCAGGGUCUCUCAGCGAUACAGUCUCCGCGGCUAUGUUUCCUAUGGAGAUGUGUCUCUCACGAUUGCGAAAGUGCAGUCAGAAGAUGCAGGUACAUACUGCUGCCGUGUGGAGAUCCCGGGUUGGUUCAAUGACAUCAAACAGAACAUUCAGCUGGAGGUGGUCAGAGCCCCUCCAGUGAUAACAACCACCACGAGAAAGGCUCCUGUUUCCCCCAAAGUUUUUAGAGAAACAACUUUUGCUCUCCCAGCAACCUCUGAUGAUCAAACAACAGCAGAGACGCCUGUCCUCCUGCCAACCACCGUCCCCGAAGCAACACCUGCAACCACCGAGUCUCCAACAGUGACUACACCAGAGACCAUUGCUCCACCAACAUUUGCUGUGACAGCAGCUAUGGUGACAACCAGUGCUCUCCCAGAUUUUCCAACUAGUUUCCAAACUGGUGUGACAAUUGAAUAUGAGUAUGUGUUCUAUUCAGAAGGGUCUGUCACUCUUACUGAAAGCACGACAGCAACUACCGAAUUCCCAAGCACACUUCUGACUGCAGAGGGAACUAAAAGCACUGACAAUUCUCUCAUAGUGGAAAAGGCGCCAACUGCAGGGAUUUUAUCAAGUUCAGAUGGCACGGCUGAGAAACAUGAUGGUAAUGGAGCUAAGUUUCCCAUCUAUGUCCUUCUCAUUGCCUGUCUCGUUGCGGUGCCCAUUAUUUUCAUAUUGGUGCUCUCGUUGUUUCGGAAACGACUGUGUCACCACGAAGAGACCAGGGACCAUGAGCUGGUGGGGAUGCAGCAGGAGGAAGACUGUGAAAAGAACCUGUUCACUCACUUGUUGCAGGUAAACACACAAAGAAGUUUAUAAUAAAAAGCCGUGGAGCAGCAGAAGACCUUGGAAAAGUUUUCAGUGGUACUGAAGGAGAAAACAACAUGUUUUCCCUGUGAAGAGUUCCUACAUCAUCUGUAGAUGCCGUGGAAAAUUAAAAGGUUCUGUCUCAUGCUACAUAGAGAGCUACUUAUGAGCCUUCAAAAUAUCAAUGGGUGUAAACCAAAGGCCCAAGCUUCAACUACAGAAUUUAAAACCUUUGUGCAAAUUAUGCUGUAUCACCUUUAAAAGUUUGCAUACAGAAGCUUCUUUGAGUAGAACACCUAUACAUUAUUCAUAGGUGUUUCUGGUAUCUGCCUUCUCACUACUACCAUGUUACACAACGGAAUUUGUUUUUCUCCAAUUUUACUAAUAUUCUUCCUUGAAUAUAACUUAUAUUGCAAGGAAAAGAAGAGAGAAAAAAAUAAUAUGAAAUGGUGCCUAACUUCAAAUUGCCUACAAAAGGAAAAAAGAAAAAAAUCCGCAAAUACAAUUCUUGUUGCUUUUAUGUAAUCAAGAGAAAAAUUAAGCCACAAGAAUGCUGCAACUAUAAAUCAAAAAUGCAGAUUACUUAAGGGGUACCAGCGCUGCCUGUGAUUCAGCAUGUUUGAAUGACCCUUGGAGACUAUGUUAAUAAACUUUGUAAUUUACUGC